AUGGGGCCGCCAAGUGGGAAGACCACCAUCCCCCUGUUUAUGUACAGCAUAGCAACGACGGCGAUCGUUUAUCAGAACUAUAUUUUUAUUGCAUUCCUGUUUAAGAGGUAUAGAGCAUACGAAUGGCUAUGCAAAGGAGAGAGUGACCAAAUGGGGGGGGACUUCUUUGUGUGCAAGGAACAGGAAAACUACAUUCAGUUUUUGCUAGUAUCAGGGUUAAUCAUUCAGUUCAUUUCUGGUUCUAUUGGAAGUAUGCUAAUUAAUGUUUUGUCCAAGAAGAAAUAUGUGUCACGCGUGGCCUUCUCCUUUUUGUUCGCGGGGUGGAUUUUGCUGAGCGUUGCCCUUUCAUAUUCGAAGCACUACAUGGAAGGGUAUUCGCAGAUUGGCACUAGUGGCAAAAGGUCUGACGCCUUGGGGACGCUCUGGGGGGGCUUCGAAACCAUUUCGCUCCUGUUCAACUUGGCAUUCGCCUGCUUUGGCAUCGGGUCGGACAACUCGUACCUACCCAUCAUAUACUACGUUAACGAGAAGUAUCCAGUGGAAAAGGGGGAAAAGACAAGCAAGAGUGGCGACCCCACAAACGAAAAUGGCCUAGCCGAAAGCGCAAAUAAUGGAGGGGAAAGCAAACUAGGUGCUUUAAGAAAUCUUUUGAAGAACAAAAAUUACAUCCUCAUCAGCACCAUGUCUUCCCUGGCCGUGCUAAGUCUCUUCGUAGGAAACGUGCUGUUGGCCGCUCUUAACGUAUUUGAAGGGAAAAACAAUAUCACAGUGGUGGUGGCUUUGUACAUUUUGGUGUGCAUCGUCCCCUCGUUUUUCAUUGCGAAUUUGUUGGAUGAGAGAGGAGAGGGAAGAACUAGCGACAACGUGGUGAUCAGCCAGCAGAUAGCGCCCAACAGGGAGAGCACCCAGGUAUGGGGAAAAAUCCACCUGGAUGCCCUGAAGAACCAAGUGAAGUCGCCAUUUUAUCAGUUCAUCGUGAUCGAGUUCUUCACCAUAACGUUCAGCAUUUGCUACUUUAUGUUUUCCCUGUUCGAUAUUUACGAGCACAGCGUAUUUGGAGACACUCUAAACAUAUACUCCCUCGUGUUACCAUCAAGCUUUAUCAUCACCUUAACAUUUGGCAUAAUAGCUGACAUUAUAAGCAUAUACAAUUUUAUGAGCUUCAAUUUAGUUUUGGGAAUUUCAGUUUUUUCUUUAACUUGGGUUUACUACAAAACGACGAGUGUAUUUGUUGGCUACCUGUCGUUGAUCAUUUAUUUUUUUCACCAAAGUUUUUUUGCAAACCAUAUGUACAUGUACAUGUCGACAGUAUUUGGGGAAAACAAUUUUGCAGUCCUCAUUGGAAUAAUUAACGCAUUUGCGUCUGUUGCCUUUUUCCUUUCCUUUAAAUCUUUCGAAUAUAUUAAGUAUCACGGAGGGCCUGUCUACUCCCAGAUGCUUAUCCAAAUUGUCAUUCUUUCAUACGUGCUGUUGUUUCUUUUUCACGUUUUUUACAUAAAGAAGAAGGCUGCAAGUGGACAAUUCAUGACAACGAAGCGGGGCACUUCCGAAGUGGCACAAACUAAUGUAUAA